AGAAACAUAAGCAUUAGCAAGGAGCAGAUCAAGUUGCCGAAGAUGGUGAUUGCGAGUCAAAUCAAUGAUGAAAUCCUUAGUCGAAUGGUUCCCGAGGCCUGAACAAGCUGGUAAAGAAGCCGAUGGCACCCCAGAGGGUCGACUUAAAGCCUGCUGAUUGAAAGCGGUUCAAGGGGUGGAGCCCUUGAGAUUUUUCAACCCAUGUUUGCGACCUCCCCAACCCUCCAUCUCUUGAGUCUUGACUCCUGGAUACGUCACUCCAUCGUACAUCUCAGGGUUUGUUUACAGCAAUCUAAUGUCGGUAGGGCCCUACUGCCAAGUCUAAUGUAUACAUCUACUGAAAACUGAUCUGCUUGGAGCUUUAUAAUUUACAUAUAUCUAAUAAGCUUACCUCGUCAUAUUGGCCAAUCUUCUCUGGACUUGAGCCAUUUUUGACUUUGACUAGUAUCAAAGGCGGGAUCAAAGGUUACUUCCGGUUCAACUAAGAGUACAUCAUGGAGAGAUGGAUUUCUCGCCUUUUCAGGAUAGUGAAUGUCCCUAUUACAACUGACAAGUCUGGGCUGAGGACGGUUAUAAAGAUGCUAGUACUAUCUUACGAUGACUUUGACAGAGCAGGUAAUGUCAAUGUAUGGCGUAUAGCAAGGCUUGGGGAAGUAUCUCGUAUGAUGUUCAUAUCAAGGCUCGUAGCGGCAGGUUCAACAGAAGGAGCAUGUUUUGAAAAUAACCUUGCUUUUCUUGUUUCAACAACGUACACAUUCACGCGAGCUUAUCACAAAGAGAUGCGAACUAUAUCAUUUCCUUUUACGUUAAUUGGAUCGAUCGGAUCAGUUGGAAGAAGUUCAUUUGAAUUUGUCUCUACAUUUGAGAGUGAUGCUACAAAUGCAAAACUUGUAACUUGUUCUGCGAAACUUGCUUUGGUUGAUCCUUCAACACGACGUUCAACUGAAAUACCCAAAGAUAUCAUUAACAGGAUUAAGGCGACGUUUGACCUUGACCCUCCUCAGAAGAUAGAACCAGUAGAAAGGCCAAAAGACAUUCAUGUAUUCAACUUGGAAAUCAUAGUUCAGAGUAGCGACCUCGAUAUGAAUAUGCAUAGCAACCAUUCUGCAUACACGAGAUUUUGCUGUGACGCUGCAGCUGCCGCCAUUGCAAACAAGGCAUUUAAGAACUUUGAGAUGGAUAUUUGUCGUUAUGAGAUUAAGUCCAUGAGUAACUUGUUCAAAGGUGAAAGUCGCGCAAAUGAUGUAUUAACUGUCUUCACGUGGGAAGACAAUUCUGAGAGAAAAACAAUCCACUUUGAAAUUAUAAAGAAUGACAACCCUAUAUUUCACAGCACAAUGGUGUACUAUAGUGAUAAUGAGAUAUCAAAAUUGUAAUAAUUUCACAAGAUACAACAUAUGAUGAGUGAAAUAUAACAUGUUUCAUCUCUGUGUUCUCUUGUUACAGCGCAAAAUUAUUGUUUAGCGUUUUGAAGCAGGACAUCAAAGACGUUUAAAAAAUGAAACGAUUGUAUGCUGACGAUUAUAUUUCAUAUUCCAUUAAAUGAUAAAAUACAUAAAGUUUAAUUGAAUUCCGUCUAUUUUCAGAUACACGAAAAGUACACAUUUUUAACAGUUAUUUGUCUUUAAUUAUUAGUAAGAUCAAUGCAAAAAGUGUUUUAAUUUGCCAACAUAUUAGAAAACUAAAAAUGAAAAAACAUCAACAUUCAACAAUAAUUGAGACUGAAUGAAAUAUGAACUUUUUUCAGGUCGGUAUGUGAAAAUCAUUCUUUGACUUAGAAAUAUUUCACAAGCUCUCAAAACGUAAUGGGCCAGAUGGGGGUUGAUCCAUUAUUUGUCUAUCAUUUAUGUGAUUUAUGGUACUGGUACUAAAAUAUUCUGUAUUACUGCAUAGCUCAAAACCCAUAUUAUUAUUUGAACACAAAGCACAAAUCAACGUCAAUUUCAACAAAUCAUGUUAUUUCCCCAUGAUAUUUUCUUCAUAAAUUUAUAAUACAGCAUUAGUAUUAUUGAUGAUUAUGAGUACAUUUCCCGCUAAACACUCAAGUAUUUUACCAUUUCCUGUUUCAUGAACACAGUGUUAUUCCAAGGGGCUAUAUCUUGGAAAUUAGAGGUCAGUGUUACCUCAUUUUUGAAUUGUAUCUCAAAACAAAGUCGUGUGUAUAUUUAU